AUGCGCCUUCCCUGCUGGGGCAAUAUGCGUGGUUGAUGUAUGUGCGCGACUGGGCGUGGGUGGGUUUUUGUCUUUUGGAGAGCAAUGCGGCUGUCUGGAUCGGCCCGCGUUCUGGGCGAAAGAGAGUGCAUUUUCUUACCGCCCAUGCCGACGUUUAUUAUGAAAAAUCCUGCCUGCGCGCUGUUUUUUUUGGCUGCGAGCAGUGACGCCCAGCUUUCUGAUGCGAUUUUUCUGCUCUUGUUGUGAUUUCGAGGCACAUACGACAGGAUCGGCGUGCGUCGUGCAUUGGGUGGGGGAAGAGAGCCCAGCUGCUCGCUUUGCAGAAGGAAAACAACAAACCACUCGCAUCUUGGUUCCGCGUCCUUGCACCUUUUUCCCACUCUUGUAUUAUUUGUAUAUCUCGCACAGCGCUCUUGUCUCCCUCCCUUCCAUCCCACACCUCAUAUCAGCGGUCGCAGGAGCCUCAUAUUGCUCGACACGGAGGUCGCUCAGCGCAGACUUUUUACACGACACUUUCCGAAGCAGUUGCUGUGCGGCUGGACCAACAGCAUCAACAACCACAUUUUCAUCCACCACAACAACAGAAAACAGCGCACCCCUACUGCAUAGCAAACAGCCGCAGCGACGACUCCUGCAGCAACUCUUGCAUAUCGUUCCGCAGAAACACAGCAACAAAGCAUCAUCUCUGAUGAUGGAGAGCAAAUACAAGGCAAUCAAGCACAUUGGCGAAGGGGCGUUCAGCUCAGUGAUUCUGGCGCUCAACAUGGAAACCGGCGAAAAGGUGGCAAUUAAGAAGAUGAAGAAGCGGCGGUGGAAGGACACGGCAGCGCAGGCCGAAAUUGGCGCGCUGAAAAAGCUUGACCACGACAACAUCAUCCAGCUGCUGGACGUGUUCCGCGAAGACUACCGGUCAUUCCUGGUCUUUGAGUGCAUGGACUGCGACCUCAACGAGCUGGUCAACUCGCGCAAGGGCCGGAAGCUGCCCGAGACAGUCAUCCUGGACAUCACAUACCAGGUGCUCAAUGGGCUGGCGUUUAUUCACGAGAACGAUCUGUUCCACCGCGACAUCAAGCCCGAGAACGUGCUGAUUCGCCGGCGUAUCACGCCUGCAUCGGGUCCUGGCGGCAGUUCGACGAUUGUGGUUGAGGCCAAGAUUGCUGACUUUGGACUCGUGCAUGACAUGGACUUUUCGCGCCCGCUGACCGACUACAUCAGCACACGGUGGUAUCGCGCGCCCGAGGUGCUGCUGAACUGCAAUAACUACUCGACGCCUAUCGACGUGUGGGCUGUGGGCACCAUUGUCGCUGAGCUGGCGAUGCUACGGCCACUGUUCCCUGGCAGCAACCAGAUUGACCAGCUGCGGCGGAUCUUCGAGGUUCUCGGUACGCCCAAGAUCUCUGUGCCGGCACCGACAGACGAGGAUAGCAAAGCACAGGACCCGAGCUCAUCGGCUACCGGCUCAUGGUACGAGGGCGCUGUGCAUGCCCGCAAGCUCGGCAUUGCGUUUAUUCCGAGUAACCGCAAGCCUAUGCCCUCAGUGAUGCCCGAUGUGCCAGAUUACCUGGUCCAGCUCGUUGAUUUCAUCCUGGUGCUUAAUCCCAACGACAGACCGACUGCUAUCCGACGCUCUGCAGCUGGUUUCGCAUAUGCUCGAUCACUCGCUUGGCCAGCAGCAGCAACACCAGCACCAACAGCAGAAACAGACACAGAAGCCAUCACCUUCCAAGCAAUUGUCGGCUCGUGUGGUGCAGAGCAUGGUCAUUCCGCCGUUUAAGAAAAAGACACUACCGGCCGUGCCCACAGAAGCCAGCAAACCUAGCACAGUGGUAUCGUCUGCUGCUAGCGCGAUGCCAGACCCUGUGCGGGCGUCGCCGGCUGGCGGCUCUCGCCAUGUACCAGCCAGUGCUGCUGCCGUCCCAUUCGCCAAACGUUCUUGACUCGCCCACAACGCGAACCGUCCCUGAUUCGCCAUGCGCGGACCUACCAGCGUUCAAAAGCCAUCAGCCAGCAGUGAAUGACGGGCGGGUCAGUUUUACGCCGAUGCAGAUGUUUGCCAAGGAGCAGGAGCACCACCAGGCCAUUCUCAAUUCGUUGAGCCGGACUCUAGGCGAAUGAGCAGCAGCCGUCAUCAGCAACACCAACAGCUGUCAGCGCACCAGGCGCCAAGCCAGAGACCCCU